GUAUUUUUAGUAGAGACGGGGGUUUCACCAUGUUAGCCAGGAUGGUCUCGACCUCCUGACCUUGUGAUCCACCCGCCUCGGUCUCCCAAAAUGCUGGGCUUACAGGCGUGAGCCACCGCGCCCGGCCGCCCGGCGUAAUUUUUGUAUUUUUAAUAGAAAUGGGGGUUUCACAAUGUUGCCCAGACUGGUCUCGAACUCCUGAUGUCAAGUGAUCCGCCUGUCUCCGCCUCCUAAAGUGCUGGAAUUACACCCGUGAGCCAUCGCGCCCGAACCCUAUUGUAAAUUUUAAGUCUCAGGCGUUUGCCAGCGGCACGCCAGAGUAUAGCCUGCGCGGAGGCCCAGAAACCAAAGAGCGAGCUCAUUCCGGGAUUGGAGAGAAGUGAAAGCUUCCCGGAGGAAGUGGUGCCUAAGCUGUGCUCUGAUUCACGUUUAGAAGCUGACCAGACAAAGAGAGAAUUUUGUAGCCACCUUGGCUAAUGGGAUGAGCCUCCAGCCGCCUCUUGAAGAAGUGUCCUGUGGCCAGGCGGAAAGCAGUGAGAAGCCCAACGCUGAGGACAUGACAUCCAAAGAUUACUACUUUGACUCCUACGCACACUUUGGCAUCCACGAGGAGAUGCUGAAGGACGAGGUGCGCACCCUCACUUACCGCAACUCCAUGUUUCAUAACCGGCACCUCUUCAAGGACAAGGUGGUGCUGGACGUCGGCUCGGGCACCGGCAUCCUCUGCAUGUUCGCUGCCAAGGCCGGGGCCCGCAAGGUCAUCGGGAUCGAGUGUUCCAGUAUCUCUGAUUAUGCGGUGAAGAUCGUCAAAGCCAACAAGUUAGACCACGUGGUGACCAUCAUCAAGGGGAAGGUGGAGGAGGUGGAGCUCCCGGUGGAGAAGGUGGACAUCAUCAUCAGCGAGUGGAUGGGCUACUGCCUCUUCUACGAGUCCAUGCUCAACACCGUGCUCUAUGCCCGGGACAAGUGGCUGGCGCCCGAUGGCCUCAUCUUCCCAGACCGGGCCACGCUGUAUGUGACGGCCAUCGAGGACCGGCAGUACAAAGACUACAAGAUCCACUGGUGGGAGAACGUGUAUGGCUUCGACAUGUCUUGCAUCAAAGAUGUGGCCAUUAAGGAGCCCCUAGUGGAUGUCGUGGACCCCAAACAGCUGGUCACCAACGCCUGCCUCAUAAAGGAGGUGGACAUCUACACCGUCAAGGUGGAAGACCUGACCUUCACCUCCCCGUUCUGCCUGCAAGUGAAGCGGAAUGACUACGUGCACGCCCUGGUGGCCUACUUCAACAUCGAGUUCACACGCUGCCACAAGAGGACUGGCUUCUCCACCAGCCCCGAGUCCCCGUACACGCACUGGAAGCAGACGGUGUUCUACAUGGAGGACUACCUGACCGUGAAGACGGGCGAGGAGAUCUUCGGCACCAUCGGCAUGCGGCCCAACGCCAAGAACAACCGGGACCUGGACUUCACCAUCGACCUGGACUUCAAGGGCCAGCUGUGCGAGCUGUCCUGCUCCACCGACUACCGGAUGCGCUGAGGCCCGGCUCUCCUGCCCUGCACGGGCCCAGGGGCUGAGCGUUCCUAGGCGGUUUCGGGGCUCCCCCUUCCUCUCCCUCCCUCCCGCAGAAGGGGGUUUUAGGGGCCUGGGCUGGGGGGAUGGGGAGGGCACAUCGUGACUGUGUUUUUCAUAACUUAUGUUUUUAUAUGGUUGCAUUUACGCCAAUAAAUCCUCAGCUGGG